UUUCGAAAUCGUUUGAUGUGAGUUUUUAAAAACCUGACAUCACAUUUCAUAAGCCUUAUAUCUAUUUUUAAAAAACUGAAAUAAAAAGGAACAAAGUUUUAUAUCCAAAUCUGCAAACGUCUUAUACUGUAUGUGGCAAGCCAAGUUUAGCAGUUAAUCGCUGAUGUUUCACAUCAAAUUUCCAAAAGAAGAUUUUCAAGACUGUCGAUGUCAGAUAUUAAAAGCCCGAUAUCAAAUUCGUAAUUUCAAACUCGUGAUAUAAACGUUUGGAAGGAAAUGCCAAAUUAAAGGAAAUCCGACCUGCCUCCUCAUCAAGGAAGUUCGCGGCACUUCCAGGGAGUCGAGUGACUGCCGCCAGACAACGGAAUUUCAUGGAGGGUCUCAGUGCCCGACUAGCCUCGGUCAGCAGCUCUCCGGGGCCGCCUACUGCACGCCGCCCCCUGCCCCUUGGACUCGUUGAUCGGAGGCUCCUUGAGUUUUUAAGGAGAAGGCCCCGCACAGCCCGUCCACAUCAGUGAGUCCGCCGGUGGGGACGGUGACCGAAAUCACAGGCGCUCAGGAUAAGCACGACUUAAAGUUAACGGGGACAAAGUGUGAAGAUCUGGCAAAACAAGGCAGCGAAAUGUCAAUGCCAGCUGCCCCUCGUGUCGAUGGACUCCCUCCAUCUCCGACGGCGAAGGAGAAUUCUGGAGACCCUCCAAAAGUUCAGCGAGAGAAGCUGUUUGACUGUGAGGGAGUGCAGAUGUUGGGGUCAGUGGUUCAAAAUAUGCGCGAGCUUCAGGAGUUUGCGGCCAGGCCGGACGACGUGCUGAUCGCCUCCUACCCCAAAGCAGGUACCACGUGGAUGAUUGAAAUCGCGGACUGUGUUCGCCGUGGGGGAGUCACCGAGGAGCUGCUAAGCCUCCCGUCUCACAAGCGGGCACCGUUCCUGGAGACCUUUGAUGAAUUUUCAUCAGGAAUACGGGACCUCAACUCCAUGGCGUCACCCCGGCUGGUUAAAACUCAUCUCCCCAUACAGUUUAUACCACAGAGCUUCUGGAACAACAGGUGUAAGGUCAUCUACGUGGCCCGAAAUGCCAAAGAUGUCCUGGUCUCUUAUUACUUCUUCCACCAGAUGAGUUUGGAUAUGCCAGAGCCGGGACAAUGGGAGGAGUUUUUUGACAGCUUUCUCUCUGGGAGGCUGGCAUGGGGCUCCUGGUUUGACCAUGUGCUCGGCUGGUGGGACAACAGGGAGAAGCACCAGGUCCUCUAUGUCUUCUACGAAGACAUUAAGCAGGACCCGCUGCGUGAGGUCGAAAGGGUGGCACGCUACCUGGACAAGCCGAUGGACAGGUCUGUGAUGGCUGACAUUGUGGCCCACACCUCCUUUACCAAAAUGAAGGACAACCCCAUGACCAAUUACAAAGACGUGCCUUCAAUUCUCUUUAAUCAUGAGAUUUCUCCCUUCAUGAGGACAGGAAGAACAGGAGACUGGAAAAACCACUUCACUGUGGCUGAGAACGAGAGGUUUGACGAGGAGUACCAGGGGCGCAUGGCCAAGACGUCGUUACGCUUCAGGACUCAGCUCUGAGCAGCCAGGUCACACCUGACAGAACAUAUGAAGACCACAUCAACGACGCCAGGCCUAAAAGACUGGAACACCGGAUAGACGAUGACCAGAAUGAAUCAAUAAAAAGUUUAUCAAAGUGAA